AUCCACGACCUCAGCUCCCCGUGGGGGCCCGGAUGACCGCAGCGCGGCAGACCCACGGCCACAGAGGGCCGGCCAGGUACCGCAGGCCUGGGUCCCGCCAAGAUGGAGCCGCGCAGAGUCCGGGGGAGGGACCCGCUGUUUGAGGCCCAAUCCCCGGGCCUCAGGGGCGGGGCAGCUGGAGCCGGCAGGACCCCGAGCCCAGAGCGCGCCCGGCCCACUGAGGCCCCGGCCUCCUCUUCCCGUUUCUACGACGCCCCGCCUCGGCCCGAGCAGCCCCGGCCUCCUCCUGCAGGCAGCCUUCCGGGCUGGCCGCGGGAGCCCAUCGCCCCCCCUCCGCUCGCGGGGACCCCGCCUCUCCUGGCCGCAGGCCCCGCCCCGCCUUUGCUGUCUCGCCCUCCACUCAAACCUCCGGCUGGGCCUGCCCAGGAUUUGGGCCUGAUCCAGGAGGACAGCAUGGAGCCCGAGGCCUCUGGGACGCAGAGGGAGCCACCGCAGGAAUCAGUGACAUUCAAGGAUGUAGCUGUGGACUUCACCCAGGAGGAGUGGUGUCUCUUGGACACUUCCCAGAAGGCUCUCUACAAGGAUGUCAUGCUGGAGACCUCCCAGAACCUACUGUCCUUGGGGCUUCCAGUUGCCAAAGCAGAUCUGAUUUUCCAUUUGGACCAGAAGGAAGCUUGGAUGUUGAAAGAAGACCCAAGAAGCUCCUCUCUAGGUGGAGAAACCAGAACUCAAACCAAGGAGUGUACUUCAAAACUGAAUAUUUCCUGUGAUUUCAGUUUGAGAGAAAUUUGGGAUUGUAAAAGCAAUUUAGAGAAGAAGCAAGGAAAAUGGGAGAGUCAUUCCAGACCAUUCAAAAUUAACCUCCGGAAGACUUCUUGUAAAGAGAGAGAUGAAGAAUGUAAUAAACUGCAAAGGAGUUUUAGUCAAGAGUUAGAUCUAACCUUUUCUGUCCAACAGAUGGUUCCCACUGAAAAGCUUCACCAUGAAUAUGAUGAAAAUGGAAGGCAUUUCAGGCAAUAUUCAGACCUAAUUCAAUUUGAGAAAAUUACCUCAGGGAUUGGAUAUUCCAAAUACAGUGAAUAUAGAGAUCAUUUUAAUGAGAAGAAUGAGCUGAUUCAUCAUCGAGUGAAACAAACCAGAGUGAAAAUUUUUCAAGAUAAUCAUGUUGAGACAGCUUUUGCUUUAAUCCCAGACUUUAGUAGUCACCAGAAAAGUCGUACUGGUGAAAUGCCUUAUAAAGGAGAUGAAUGCGGUACAGGCCUUAUCCAUCAAUCAUCUCUUAGUUUACAUCAGAGAGUUCAUAAAAGAGAGACAUUGCUUGGAUGUAAUCAAUGUUGGAAGGUCUUUUUUCGGAGCACAGAUCUUAUUAACCAUCAGAAAAUGCACAGACCAGAAAAACUUCAGAGCUCAUCCGUUAUUUCACACCAGAAGAUUAAUUCUGUCGAGAAACUUUAUAAAUGUAAUCAUUGUGGAAAGGCUUUCAGACAGUCUUCCAAUCUGGUUGUACAUGAGAGGAUACAUACUGGAGAAAAGCCCUAUAAAUGUAAUGAAUGUGGGAAGGCAUUCAGCCAAAGCUCAUCUCUUAUGACACAUUACAGGACUCAUUCUGGAGAAAAACCUAACAAAUGUAAUGAAUGUGGGAAAGCCUUCAGUCAGAGCUCAUCCCUUAUUGCUCAUCAAAGGAUUCACACUGGAGAGAAGCCCUAUAAAUGCCACGAAUGUGAGAAAGCCUUCAGCCAUAGUUCAUCCCUUAUUGCUCAUCGAAGGGUUCACUCCAGAGAAAAACCUUACCAAUAUAAUCAAUAUACAAAAGCUGUCAUAAAGCCCUUGAAACUUAUAGUACAUCAGAGAAUUAACACCAGAGAAAAACCCUAUAAAUGUAAUGAAUGUAAUAAGGUCUUCAGGUGGAGGGCAAAGCUUAUUGCACAUGAGAAAAUUCAUACUGGAGAGAAAUCUUAUGAAUGUAAUAAGUGUGGAAAAGCUUUCAAAAAGUCCUCCAAACUUCAAGUACAUCAGAAGAUUCAUACAGAAGAGAAGCUGUAUCGAUAUAAUGAGUGUAGGAAGGCCUUUUCUCAAAAUGUAUCCCUUACUGCACACCAAAAGAUUCAUUCUGAAGAAAAUCCUUAUAAAUGUAAUCCAUAUGGAAAGAAUUUUAGAAAGGCUUCUAAAUUUGAGGUACAUCAGGGGAUUCAUACUGGAGAAAAGUCGUAUAAAUGUCAUGACUGUGGGAAGGUCUUUAGUGAAAACUCAUCCCUUAUUGAACACAAGGUGAUUCAUACCCGAGAGAAAUCUUACAAAUGUGGUCAGUGUGGAAAGGCUUUUAGACAGUCAUGCAACCUUGCUGUACAUCAGAGGAUACACACCAGAGAGAAGCGUUAUAAAUGUAAAGAGUGUGGGAAAGUCUUCAGUGAAAGGUCAUCUCUUAUGGGACAUCAAAAAAUACAUUCUGGAGAGAAACCUUAUAAAUGUAAGGAAUGUGGGAAUGCCUUCAGACAGAACUCAUCCCUUAUUGCCCAUCAACGGAUUCAUACUGGAGAGAAGCCCUAUAAAUGUGGUGAAUGUGGGAAAGCCUUCAUCCGAAGCUCAUCUUUUAUUGCCCAUCAAAGAAUUCAUACUGGAGAGAAGCCCUACAAAUGUAAUGAAUGUGGAAAUGCUUUCAGCCACAGCUCAUCUCUUAUUGCACACCAGAGGAUUCAUACUGGAGAGAAGCCCUUUAAAUGUAAUGAAUGUGGGAAGUCUUUCAGUCAUAUUUCAUCCCUUAUUGCACACCAGAGGAUUCAUACUGGAGAGAAGCCCUUUAAAUGCAAUGAAUGUAGAAAAUGUUUCAGCCAAAAGUCAUCCCUCAUUGUACACCAGAGGAUUCAUUCUGGAGAGAAACCUUAUAAAUGUAAUCAAUGUGGAAAGACUUUUAGAAAGGCUUCUAAAUUUGAGGUACAUCAGGGGAUUCAUACUGGAGAAAAGUCCUAUAAACGUAAUAACUGUGGGAAGGUCUUUAGUGAAAACUCAUCACUCACUGCACACAAGGUGAUUCAUACUGGAGAGAAACCUUACAAAUGUGGUCAGUGUGGAAAGGCUUUCGGACAGUCCUGCAACCUUGCUGUACAUCAGAGGAUACAUACUAGGGAGAAGCGUUAUAAAUGUAAAGAGUGUGGGAAAGUCUUCAGUGAAAGGUCAUCUCUUAUGGGACAUCAAAAGAUACAUUCUGGAGAGAAACCUUAUAAAUGUAAGGAAUGCGGGAAUGCCUUCAGACAGAACUCAUCCCUUAUUGCCCAUCAACGGAUUCAUACUGGAGAGAAGCCCUAUAAAUGUGGUGAAUGUGGGAAGGCCUUCAGCCGGAGCUCAUCUUUUAUUGCCCAUCAAAGGAUUCAUACUGGAGAGAAGCCCUACAAAUGUAAUGAAUGUGGAAAUGCUUUCAGCCACAGCUCAUCUCUUAUUGCACACCAGAGGAUUCAUACUGGAGAGAAGCCCUUUAAAUGUAAUGAAUGUGGGAAGUCUUUCAGUCAUAUUUCAUCCCUUAUUGCACACCAGAGGAUUCAUACUGGAGAGAAGCCCUUUAAAUGUAACGAAUGUGGAAAGUGUUUUAGCCAGAAGUCAUCCCUUAUUGUACAUCAGAGGAUUCAUUCUGGAGAGAAACCUUAUAAAUGUGAUCAGUGUGUAAAGGCUUUCAUAAAUGCCUCCAAACUCUCUGUACACAAGAGGAUUCAUACUGGAGAAAAGCCCUAUAAAUGUAACGAAUGUGGGAAAGCUUUCAGCCGCAGUGCAAAUCUUAUUGUACAUCAGAGGACUCAUACUAGAGAUAAAUCUUACAAAUAUAAUCGUCAAAAGUCUUUUGGGCAGUCCUCCACUCUUGUUCAGAAGAAAAUUAAUACUGGAGAGAAGCUCUACAAGGAUAAUGAAGGUGGGAAAGCCUUCACUCUGAACUCUUAUCUUACUGGACUUGAAAGAAUUCAUACUGGAGCAAAACCUUCUAAAUCUAAUUGAGGUGGGAAUGCCCUUAGCUGGAUGGUAGAACUUAUCACAUCAGAAAAUUAAUAUUGUUCAUUAAUAUAUAGUAUUUAAUGCAUUUUUAAAAGUUUAUUACAUCCAUCAUGUCAUAGUGCUACACAUUAUUCAUGGAUUGUAGUUUCCUUAGUCAUCCUAUACAUGCUGGCCAACCACUUUGUUUCCAAUUUUCUGCUACCAGAAAAAUUGCUGCUGUGAAUAUUUUGGCAUAUGGUCAAUCUUUUAAGGGCAGCUCGGUGGUGCAGUGAAUAGAGAGUGAAUAGAGGACUGGAGUCAGGUAGAUCUGACUUGAAAUCUGGUUUCAGUAACUUAUUAAUUAUGUGACCCCAAGACAAGUCCCUUAACCUUGUUUGCCCAAGUUUCCUCAUCUGUAAAA